AUGAAUAACAAAAGAUCAACAAUAGAGGAUGCUAUGAGAGCUGAAAAAAUAAAUUUGAAUGUUUAUUAGUCGUCAUAAUAAGGCAAUUAUCAAAAUUAUUAUGGUUAAAAUUCUAAUAUGAGUUACAGAUUCUAAACCAACCUUCCUUAAUAAUAUUAAUAUAAUCAAUAUUAUCAAAAUGGUUAUUAAGGAUUUGGGUAUCAAUGUAAUCAAUUAUAUAUUAUUUAGAACCAUAAAUGCAAAACUAUCUUUAUCGAUCACAAUAAUAAUUCUUAUAAUAAGGAAAUCCAACUUAAAAUUCAUAAAAUAAAUUUCAUCCAUAAUAAUAAUAGUUUGUUGUCACUCAAUAAUAAAUUGCAUAAUAAUAAUAAUAAUUUAAACAAUAAUAACUUGAGUAAUAAUAGUUUUAAUAAAAAUAAGAAUAAUCAUAAAAAAUACAAAUAGAAAUAAAUAAUGAUCAUUAAUUUUUACCUCCAGUAAAUAUAUCAGAAUUGGAUUAGCCAACGAGAUGGGAAAGUGAAUUAAAAGUUUAUUCAUAUAUGUAUAGAAAAUUAAAUGUUGAGAUGCCUAAUUUAGUUAGUAUAAUUAAUUAUUAAAUAAAAUAGGUGCUAGAUUUUGUAAUUCUAGAGAAGUAUUUAAUGAGUAAUCAUCAAUUAAUGUGAAAUAAUAUGUUGAAAGAGCAUUUGAUAAAUGUUAAUCAGAUGAUGAAAGAAAUAUAAUGGAAUAAUAUUUGAAAUCCACAAUAGCUGAGGCUAAAAGAAAAAAUGAAUAUAACAUAAGAGAUUGGUCUAAAUUUCCUUUGCCAACACUUCCAAGAGAGAAUUAACUACGUACAUAGUCGUUAUUUUCAUCAAACUUACAAAUUAAACAAAGCACAGCUAUGACAUUGUCUUCAUUAGGUUAAACUAGUAAAUUUGGGGCACCUAGUUAAGCUCAACCUUCUGGACCAGCUUAAAGUAAUGGUUCUUAAUAAUAGAAAUUAAAGCAUCUACUAAUUUGCAAAAUUUGAUGUCAUUAUA